AUGGACGAUCUUAAGGGACAAUUGGAUGCCCAGGGCAAAGAAACGGAGAAGUAUGUGCAUCAUCUUCGGGAGAAGGAGGAGGAGCUGAGUCGAGCAGUUGCUCUUUCCCAUCUUCAGCCCGAGCUCGACGCAGAAAAGGCCAAGAACCGUCAGAUGAGGAGUGAACUGGUCGCCAUGACCAAAUAUAACCGGAGCCUCGAAGCCGAGAAGAUUGGCCUCAACCGGGAUAACGCUCAAGUUUCCUCGAAGCUAGAUGAGCUUGAGAUCGCUUUCUCCCAACUCCGGGAGGAGUUGGAUGUGGUAAAGUCGGAUGCUUCCAGCUUGGCCGAGAGGAACCGGCUUCUUGAAUCUGAGAGUGCUCGGUAUCAGGAGCGUGCCAGGGUGUUCGAAGAGAAAGCAGAGACCAGGUCCCGGAUGUGCGAGGACCUGAAGAACGAACUUAAGGAAACGGCCGCUGCAAAUGACACCCUCCAGGCCGAGCUUCAAUCAACCAUUCAAAUGCAAAAUAUUCUUGGGGAGGCUCGGGAUGCUCUUGAGGCAAAGCUGGCCCAGACCGAGGCUGAAUUGGAUGAAGCUCAGAGAAGCGUGGAGACCGCCGAGGCUCAAGUUAUCAUUGUUGCUCAGUACGAGAAAUGA